AUGGCGCAAUCGGUCACGACCAGCGUGGCCUCGUGCGCCCCACGCCGCUAUAACCCGCUAAUCAACCCAACCCAUUCAAGGCCGGCCUUGGUGGAAGAACACAUCGAGGAUCAACACCACAUCCUCUUUUCCCGCCCUAUACUGGGCGCUCUACUUUUCGAAAAUACUACCUCCGAUGCGCGCGACCACUGCGCCAAUGAGCGCACAUUCCUCUCCUGGCUACGUCUCUCCAUGUAUUUAUCCAUCGUCUCGCUAGCCAUCAUCAUCUCUUUCCAUUUCCGCGAGCAGCCCUCGGGUCUAGAGCGGCGCAUGGCCUUACCGCUUGGUAUCAUCUUCUGGCUGUUAAGUCUCACGUGCCUGGCAAAUGGAUUCUUCAAUUAUGCCCGCACUGUGAUGAAAUACAGCCGGAAGGCGGCGCUGGUUCAGAGUGGCUGGAAGACCCAGGUCGUCAUGACCGUCAUCGGGACAGUCAUUCUGGGAAGUUGUAUCCUGUUUCUAUCGACUGGUCACCAAUCGUGA